UUUCCGCUACAAAAUCAACCUAAUAAAACGAACUUCAGUAACACCACAUAGAUUCAAAAAAUCAGUGAGGAGAAGCGGAACCUAGAAUCCAAACAAAACCAAUCUUCUCUUCUUCUUCUUCUUCUUCUUCUUCUUCUCAUCUUCUCCGUCGUCGUUUUUGUAUCAGAAAAUGGGAAGAGGAAAGUUCAAGGGAAAGCCCACCGGCCACCGCCACUUCUCAACUCCCGAAGAGCUCCUUGCUGGUACUUCUGCUCGUCCACGUACUUUUAAACAGGAAGAGGCUGAAGUAGAGGAGGAGGAGGAAGAGUCUGAAGAGGAGGUAGAAGACGAACAGGAGAAGAAGAAAGGCACUCAGGGAAUUAUUGAGAUUGAGAAUCCUAAUUUGGCAAAAUCAAAGAAUGUGAAGGCUAAAGAUGCUGAUAUGGGGAGAACAACUGAACUCUCGAGACGUGAAAGAGAGGAGAUAGAGAAGCAAAAAGCUCAUGAGCGAUAUAUGAGGUUGCAGGAACAAGGAAAAACUGAACAAGCAAGAAAAGAUUUGGAGCGCUUAGCCCUAAUACGUCAACAAAGGGCAGAGGCUGCAAAGAAGCGAGAGGAAGAGAAGGCUGCCAAAGAGCAGAAAAAAGUUGAAGCUCGCAAGUGAUGAGUUCCAGAGAGGCUAAUAUUUCAUAUUCCGUUUACUUUAUUGAGUGAAUGACCUUGGUGUUUGUAUACUUAAACUCCUGUGGAACAAGAGGGAAAAUAAAAAGAAAACAUCUGGUAGAUUUCACUCUCUUCAGAAAUUAUAUAUGUUUAUUUUCUUUUGGGGCAUCUGAAAUUUUAUGCUAGUAUCAAGUGAACUCUGUUGUACCAACGUAUGAUCAUAAGUCUAAAUCAUGUAAACGUAGAACAUUGUCUAAGUGAAAAAUUAAGGUUCUGUUUAGUUUAAUAGGCAAAGAAAGAUCCUUUCAUGGGCUUAUA